AUGAUUCAUCACAGCCCUGAACGAGCCACACGCGUGGCCAACGAUGGAUCGGAAGGUACAUCGGCUAGCAAUGAGGAUGCAAAUGCAAUACCCGACAAAAACGUGACGACGAUCUCUGGUGCGCCGAAAAUCCCUCCACCGCUUAUGGACACCAGCAACCUGGAAGGUUUUUUCUUGUCGGUGGAAUACUGGUUCGCUGCCGCCGGUAUUCUUGACACCCAGGAUGCGAAACGAUUCAAUUUCGUGAUGGCCCAGGUACCGCAGAAAACACUGGUUGAAUUAAAAUCGAAGUUCGAAAUGCUGCCAGCGAAAAACAAGUACGAUUUCGCGAAAAGAACGCUGACGGAACACUUUAGCGAAUCGCAACAAAGGCGUAUGCAACGCGUGCUGUCAGAGAUGGCGCUUGGUGACGCCAAGCCUUCCCAGCUGUACUACGACAUGCGGCGGGUGGCUAAUGGGUCCAUCUCUGAUGAGUUGUUGCUCGAUCUUUGGGCUGCCCGGCUCCCUGCUAACAUACAACAGCUGGUAGUAGCAAAUCAGGGCCCAGCUAGUGAAAAAUUGGCCAUCGCCGACGCGGUAAUGGAAUCGCAACGCUGGCGUCCUAUUAACGCGAUCGAAACUGCGCCCAAGCGUGGGCAACUAGCUGAGCCAGGCAGUCAACGCAACGAAGGGCACAUGCACGCGCCGUGCCUGGAGGCGUGGAAUGAGAUAAAGUCCGAACUAAGUAACAUAAAAGCACUGAUCAGUAACGGUAGCCACUGUGCCAAACGAUCGUCAACUCCCGCCAGACAUUCACGUGAAUCCUCUCCUCGACGAACGCGUAGCACCAGCCGCACAGGAUCAAACACCGGACUGUGUUGGUAUCACGAGCAUCAUGGUGCUCGCGCAACGAAGUGCCGACAUCCGUGUACCUUUAAGGUUACUUCCAACCAACCUUAG